AUGCACAAAUUCUUAGGCCAGUUAGAGUGGCCCCGUGUCCCCAAUCCCCGAGCUCUUCAAUAUGCUUGUGUCUAUAGCGCUAUUCCACUAGGGAUAUGCUCAUUUGCUGGCCUGUUGGCGUCAGGGUUCUUCCCGCCACCCCCACCAUCCUGGAGUGCGGAGCAAACGGUUAACCACUACCGCGACCAUGAGAAGGGCAUACAGGCCGGCGCCGCAUUAUUGGUCUGGUGCAGUUUCUUCUACCUAGCCUUUACUGUAGCGAUCUCGAACCAGCUACAGCGCAUUCCCAACUUACACUACAUCGUCAAAGCUCUCCAGCUAGUAGCCGGUGGUGUUUCAUCCACCCUUUUCCUCUGGGCAGGGCUCGUUCUGGGCCUCGCAAACUAUCGAAUCGAGCGCAAUGCUGAAACCACCCAGGUCCUGAACGACUUGUUCUGGUUCCUUCUCGUCAUGGCUACCCCCACAUUUGUUGCGCAGUAUUUUGCCUUUGGAUAUAGCAUUUUUGUCGACAAUAGUCCCAGGCGGCCAUUCCCGAAGGCGAUGGGAGUUUCAAAUAUGAUAACUUCUAUUCUCUUUUUACCCCCAGCUGUCUCUGUGCAUAUUGUCAAGACCGGACCUAUGGCAUGGGACGGAGCUGUGUCCUUUUGGCUUCCACUGGUGGUGUGGGGCAUCCAGAUGGUGUUGGAUUUUAUUUGUCUCGUACGGGCGAUCUCUCUUUCUGCUGAGACUGAUACUAGCGAGGAAGUUGCCAUCAUGGAGACCUGAUCCAGAGAUUGAGUGUAAAUCCGGAAUUUUGGAGGCCAGGAGGUAGGCUCGACUUGGGCAGUUCCAGAGCUGAGGAAAAGGUACCUAUGUAGGCACAUUGAAUCACC